AUGUCUAUUCCAAAUCAGAACAAAACCAUGGAGUUUCUACUUGAGGGAAUUUCAUGCCUUCCUCAGUUCCAGAUUCCAUGCUUUUUGGCAUUUUUGUCUCUCUAUUCCCUCACUCUGACAGGGAAUGUCCUGAUUAUAAGUAUCAUAUGCCUGGAUCCCGUGCUUCAAACUCCCAUGUACUUCCUUCUAUGCAAUCUGGCGUUACUGGAUAUUUCUUACUCAUCCGUCACUCAGCCAAAGUUUCUUUCCAUGCUCUUAACAAAUGAUUCAGUAAUCUCAUUCAAUCAGUGCAUAUUGCAGCUCUAUGUUUUUUUGUCUCUGGCAUCUACAGAGUUUCUGUCUCUGACAGCCAUGGCUUAUGAUCGCUAUGUCGCCAUUUGCAACCCUCUUCAUUACUUUAUGUUAAUGAGCAAAAAAAUGUGUGUCCUGUUGACAAUAAUGUGUUGGUUGGUUGGCUUCCUUGAUCCAAUGGCUCACACUGUUUGCAUUUCUCAGCUGAACUUUUGCAGGUCUAAUAUUAUAAACCACUUCUACUGUGAUGUCUCCGUUUUGCUGAAACUUUCUUGCGAUGACACCUAUUAUAUAGAAUUUAUGAGCUAUAUUAUUGGGUCUGUGUUUGGGUUACCUGCUUUUAUACUUACCCUCUCCUCCUAUGUGUGUAUCGUAUCAACUAUUAUGAAGAUCCAUUCUGCUCAGGGGCGAUGGAAAACUUUCUCUACCUGUGUAUCUCACCUUACCGUGGUCAUUAUCUUCUAUGGAACCCUUUUAAUUGUCUACAUGAGUCCAAUUACCUAUUAUUCUUCAGCUAAAGCAAAGUCACUUUCCCUUCUUUAUACUGUCCUAAUACCUUUAUGCAAUCCUCUCAUCUACACUCUCAGAAAUAAAGAUGUAAAACUGUCACUUUGGAAGUUGUUUAAUGUAAAGUGA